UUCCAAACCGGAGUCCAACACAACAUGGCGGUCAACCACACCUCCUGAAGAAAGAAAGAAGGUUUCGAUAUGCUAUCUCCCAUAAAAGUCCAAAGCUUCCUUUGAUGUUCUGAAGACGGCUGGCUCCAUUACGCGUCAUUCUCGCUUUAUUGUAAUGAUAUUGUAAUAGUAUAGAGAGAACAAAAAAUCCAAAAUCCACACUCGAAAUUCAAACCAUACAAAGAAACUUGCUUUUUAAAAGUCGAUUUCGUAUUUGCCAGUUUUUUUUAUUUAUUAUAUGUACAAGCACCUUCGGAGAAAUUGUUUAUUUUUUUUUCCUUUGGGGAAUUUGUCUUGGUCAACUUACCUCGCUUGCGUGCAUAUUAUAUUUACAGCUAAAGAGCUCCUUUUUGGUGGAUCUGGUCAUAUAUGAAGACCCAAGUGAAGGAAUUUCUUGUGGAUUCCUUAAUCUGGGUCGGUCAAUUUUUGGGGUGAAGCGUAUUGAUUUGAAUAAUUCAGUUCAUUGGAGCUCUUAAUCUCUUAUUGCUUUAUUUUGGUUGGUGGUGGGUAUUAUUACAUCUAUUGUGUUUUUGAUCCAAUAUAUUCGGCCUCUCGUUGGUAGGGAAAUUCUGGUAUUUGGUUGAUUUUAUAUGUUAGAUGCCAAGUUUUGAAUUUUUAUCUGAAAUUUUUUGGUGGGUCAGCAACAAUUUAUGUUAGAGGUCUAUGGUUGGGACAUUUGAAGGGCUUUCCUGAGAAAAAAUCGAAUUGGGUCGUUGAUAAAUGCUGAAAAGAUUGCAACCUUUUGUGUGUUCUGGGUUGGUGAGUGCUUUCUAGGGUUUAUUGGUGGAGAUUUGAGGAAUAGAACAUACAGAGGUUUUGGGUUUCUUUGAGAGUGUUGUUGGUAUUGAUGAAAUGAAAAGUACAACCUGGGUUUGUGACGCUGACUUAAGAACAAAUGGGUUCCAGGAGAGUUGUUUGUUUCAUUGCAUUUGUCCUGCUUAUCAUUUUCGCAGCGGCAGGUUCAGAAGGCAGGAAGAAGAUCAAUGACCUAGUUUCCGGCGACCGAAUUGAUUCAUAUUCUUUGGAGAUAAAUGAGGACAUGGCAGAGCUAUUAUGGGCCAAUUGUAGGCUAGAGUUGAUUCAUGCAAAGGAAGCUGUUGAAGACCUUGAAUCAUAUGUCCCAGAGGAGAAGUCCAGUAGCAGCAACAAAAUCAUUUUAGAAAGUAGAUCAUUGACAAAAGAAAACAUACAGAAAUUUAUUGGUGUCCUACAUCCCCAGGUAAAGCGAACGCUGUUGGGUUGUUUAAGAAAGAAAAAUAUACUCCCCGUUGUCACUGGGGAAGAGAGUGGCUCUAAGAAUUGGUACACCAAGUAUGUGGAGUCCCUGCUUGCCAGGCCUGAUUCUCCUAGUCGACGUGAAUUGGUUCAGAGUCUUGCAAAAGCACCUGCUUCUGCUCCUGCUCCUGCUCCAUCCCCUGCGGUUCUUAGUCCUGCUCCAUCCUCUCGUCCUCAGGUUCCUAGUUCUCAGCGCCCUGCUGCAUCUCCAGCACAACCAUUUUUCCCUUCAAAUGUAAAUGAUUCAAGUCUGCAGCCUACAGCUGGUGGACAUUCUUCUGCAAGUACAGAUUCUGCUACAACAGUACAGUCAAAUAAGAAAAAUAGUAUCCAUAAACCAGUUAUUAUUGCAGUUGUUGUAACUGCAGCAGUGACAUUUGUUAUUAUGGUGCUACUCUUUUUGUGCUAUACUAAGACCUGUAGAACUGGCUCUGGAGCUGGGCGAAAUGAUGAGAGGCCUCUUCUCAGCUUAAGCUUAAGUGACUAUUCUAAUGGUUCUUCACAGAAGUCAUUUGCUUUAGGAAAUUCAAUUAACAAAGAGAAGCUUGGUAAUCAGUCAAUUCAGACCAAUUCAAAUCCUAACAAAUGGGCCUCACCAUUGGAUGAAACCCUGACAGUUGUUACUGUUGCUGGUGCUACCAAUAUCUCAGCGGAGGACUCUGCACAGCAACCACCGGCUCUGAAACUCCCUCCUGGGAGGUUGGCAACUUCUCUGAAGCGCCCCCCUCUUCCUCCUGGACGGGCAGAUCUCCCAUCUCCUGAAUCGCCUUCCAUAAAUCCUCCUCCUGGCAGGAACGUUCCUCCCCCUCCUCCUCCUCCUGUAAUGCCGUCCUCUCUGAAACCUUCUGGCAGCCCAUGUCCUCCGCCUCCAGGACCUCCUCCUCCACCUAUACCUUCUGGCAUCAACACUGGUCCUCGACCACCACCACCACCUCCAAAAAGUGGUCUUCCUCCACCCCGGCCACCUGCCAUAGGCUCAAAGCUACCUCGACCUUCACCUCUUGGACCGAAUCAUCCUUCAGAAGGUGAUGAAGCCGGUGUUCCUAAAGCAAAACUAAAGCCAUUUUUCUGGGACAAGGUUCUAGCCAACCCUGAUCAUUCAAUGGUUUGGCAUCAGAUAAAAUCAGGGUCAUUCCAGUUUAAUGAAGAAAUGAUAGAAACACUAUUUGGGGCUGCCCCUGCUGAUAAAAACAAAAAUGGGCCCAAGAAAGGGUCUUCAUCCCAAGAUCCUUCAACUCAGUAUAUCCAAAUCAUUGAUUCAAAAAAGGCGCAAAAUAUAUCAAUUCUUUUAAAAGCAUUAAACGUGACAACAGAAGAAGUUUGUGAUGCACUUCAAGAAGGGAAUGAGCUUUCAUCAGAGCUCCUUCAAACUUUGUUAAAGAUGGAACCAACAGCAGAAGAAGAACUAAAGCUAAGGCUUUUUAGUGGUGAACUUUCUCGGCUUGGACCUGCUGAGCGUUUCAUGAAAGUCUUGGUUGACAUCCCAUUUGCUUUCAAAAGGCUGGAAUCAUUGCUUUUCAUGUGCACUCUUCAGGAGGAAAUUUCGAUGAUUAAGGAGUCCUUUGUGACCUUAGAGGCUGCUUGCACAGAACUCAGACAAAGCCGGUUGUUCCUCAAACUCCUGGAAGCUGUUCUCAAAACUGGCAAUCGCAUGAAUGACGGAACAUUUCGUGGAGGUGCACAAGCAUUCAAGCUUGACACACUUUUAAAAUUAUCGGAUGUGAAAGGCGUAGAUGGAAAGACCACACUACUGAACUUUGUUGUUCUAGAGAUAAUCCGCUCAGAAGGUGUACGAGCUGCCCGUGUAGCCAGAGAAAACCAGAGUGUGUCUAUCAUCAAGUCUGAUAAUCUCAAGGACUCUUCCCAUGAUUCAGAAGAACAAUACCGCAGUCUAGGUCUUCAGGUGGUUUCAGGCUUGGUUGAUGAGCUUGUGAAUGUCAAGAAAGCUGCAGUUUUGGAUUCUGAUAUCUUAACUGGAACUGUUGCUAAACUUGGUCAAACACUCGUAAAAACCCGAAAUUUCCUAAACUCAGAUAUGAAGAGUAUAGAUGAAGAAAAUGGGUUCCACAAAAUUCUAAAAGAUUUUGUACAGAAUGCUGGGAUUGACAUCACGUGGUUGCUUGAGGAAGAAAAGAGAAUAAUGGCUUUGGUGAAGAGCACGGCAGAUUACUUUCAUGGGAACGCUGGGAAGGAGGAGGGCUUGCGAUUAUUUGUUGUUGUUCGGGAUUUCCUGAUAAUGUUAGGUAAGGCUUGCAAAGAGGUGAAAGAUACUCCCAGGAAGCAAAAUAAAAUGCCGAGCAAAGUAGGUUCAACAGUGCCACCUUCUUCAGAAUCCCGCCAGCCGCCUGCCAAUCCUCAUCAACGGCUUUUUCCAGCAAUUAGAGACCUGCGGAUAGAUAAUUCUAGCUCAGAUGACGACAGUUAGUAGAUUCUUCUAGGUACAGGUGGCUAAGAGUUUCCUGAGUAGCCAAUGAGAGAUAGGAUGCCUGAUUCUUCAUUGGCAACAAUUGUAGUUGAUCAAACGAGGCAUUGGUUUGAAAGGGUUCUGAAUCCAUGAUCAGCUCAGGUGCAAAGGUAAAUUAGGUCAAUCAGACAGGACAGAAGCUAAAACAAUGUUAUCAACACUUCACCUUCAAUGUUUUAUGGAGCAAGGGAUUUGAUCUAUGGAGCUACAUUUAUUUUAACCCUAUGAAGCUCCAUUGAUGUAUUACUACUAGUUAGAAUGGCUUUUUUGUUGUUAUUCAUAAUCAUUUUUUUAUACAGUUUUGUUGAUAGCUUUUUAUGUUUGAAGUUGAAGAAAGUAGCCAGGGUAUUGUUUCAGAGUUUAGGGAUUGCUCCUCCAUUGCCAAUGUUAGAAUAUGUUGUAUUGUCACCAGGAUUGCUUCUGUCCUUGGGUAUCUAGAUUUCAUUAGUGAUGGUGGGAAAAUGUAUGAAAAAGAAAGAAGUUACUAUGGUGGAGAUAUAUAUAUAUAUAUAUUUUUUUUUUAGCUCA